AUGUCUGUACGCAAAAAGGACGAGUGUCCAUCAGGGAGUCGUGCGGCGACAUUUCGUCACAUUUUUGGACAAAGCACAACCCGCGCUGAAUGGUUUGAUUGGGGAGCGGGCCAUGGAUCUUGCUUAGUGGCUAAUCCUAAAUUCAUUGCGAUUGCUCUCGAAGGAGGUGCCGGAGGACAGAUACUUGUUGGCACACUUGAAGACUUUGGCAAGCAUGGACGCGUCGGACUUGCGUGGUUGCAGGACCAUACGAGUGCCGUCACUGACAUCAAAUGGGAUGGUUUCAACGACAACGUGCUGGCAAGCGGUUCAGCUGACUGUUCGGUGAAAAUCUGGCACAUCACUGACCAGCUUAAGGCGCAAUGUGUCCGCACGCUUGCACGUCAUACACGACGAGUUGAUCAAGUCGAAUGGCAUACUACUGUGGAUAAUGUGCUUUUAUCUGCCGGCGCCGAUAGCAAGAUUUUCCUCUGGGACGUCGAGGCAAAUUCCAUAAUUUACGAGAUUUCCGAUUUCUCCGUUUCAUAUAUAGCUUUUUCUCCGAAUUCUUCGUUAUUCGCCGCCACUUCGCGCCAAUCUCAUCGGGUUUGUAUUUUUGAUGCUCGCACUGGUAAUGCAAUGAAGAGUGCCAUGCUUCCGCACGAUGGUGGAAUGCCUCCAAAGGUUGUUUUUGCCAGCGCCCACCGCCUUGUAACAUUUGGUAAUACAAAAAUAAAUCGUCGACAAUUCACGAUCCAUUCUAUAUCAUCCUUCGGUACUCCCCUAGCCACAAUAGAUGUCGAUGGUUCUUCAGGCCAAUUAUGCCCAUUAUUCGAUCCAGAUCUCAAUAUUCUCUAUAUUUCCGGAAAGGGUGAUUCGACAUUCCGCCUGUACGAAUUUGUAAAUCGUUCUCCCUAUGUAAUAUAUUUAACAGAAUGUCAACAACAGGCACCUCACACGUGUAUAUGUACAAUAUCCAAGAGAGCUCUCAAUUUAAUCGGUGCCGAAGUGAUGCGGGUGUACAGACUACAUCCGCAAUCUUUACUUGUUCAACCAUUAUCGUUUAUAGUUCCCCGUCGGUCAGAUCAAUUUCAUCCCGACCUUUUCCCGCCUACCCGAGGUCCCACUCCGGCCGCAUCACUAGCAGAAUGGCAAGCAGGACUUGAUGUGGCCCCCGUCCAACUUCAACUGAGACCUGGACAACUGACUACUACUUCGAAACCGGUGCAAUUGAAAGGACGCUCGGGAAGCCCGAAAUUGAUCACUUCCGAUUUAAACAACGAGAAGAAAUUUCGAUUUUUGUCUAAGAUAACGAGACCGGAUUAUCGGGCUGUUGAGGAAAGAGAGGAUUGCGAGGAAAUCACUAAACUUAUCGAAGUCACUCAGAAAGUACAUGAGGGUCGACGAAGUAGCAGUCCCAGAUCGGAUGAAGAAGUGGAAGAAGCGUCAGACGACAUUGCUGAACUCCAACAUCCUGUCUCCCCAAAAAAUAUCUUGGACCAGCAACCGUCGCCGCUUCAGGAGUUACCAACUGACCACGAACCUCCACCAAUUGUCAUCGAUGCAGUCCCGCAGGAGACUCCCGCCAUUGUCUCACCAUCAGAACGCAUCAUAGACAUACAUGAUUCGGGUUCGGGUUCAUCCUAUCGCAGCUCUUCCGAGACACCGCCGUCAAAAGCAGAAAAAAUGAGGAUAACCCCGUCACCACGACAUUUUUCCUUGGAUAGACUUUCGAAACGGCGUGAGAUCAGUCCUAAUCCGCUGCUGAGACUCCCUGGAGAUUCGAGGAUCUCGCCAAGGCUCAGUCCAUCACCGUUGAAUUUCGGCGUAGAUACACCGACGCGAAAUCGGCCAGUGGAUGAACCGAUCAGUACAAAUUCGAAUCCUUUCAAACGAUACUUUAGGUCGGAAACGAAAAAUAGCGUAAGCAAGAAAAGCAGCGUCUCAAGUAGACGUAGUGAUGACUCGAUGCUUUCGCUGGCCACCUGCGGAACGGCACCGAUCGUCGCGGCUGAAAGUGUCGAUGAUUUGGAUGUGGAGGUGUCGGUAAUUAACGGAAAUGUGAGGGAUGACGGUUCAAGUAGCGACACAGCGCGAUCGUUCGAUGAAGGACAACAUCUUCUGGAGAAUACGGUGACUAUGCUUGAACGUCAACUGAGACGAUGUGACAUUCGUAUUCAACAACUGGAACGUCUCUGUGAAUUACAACAGAAAGACAUGGAAAGUCUUCGAUACGAAAUCUCUUGGAAGGACGAACGUAUCGAAUAUCUACAGAAAACACUUGCCGAAAUGGAAGACUCGUUACCGAGUUCAUCAGCUGACCCUUAUCCCCCCUAA